GAUAACCGUUUUUGGGGUGGAGAAAGCCCUGGCCAAGUAUUUUUUUUCCCCCUCCCUUCUUCUACGGUACUUGGUACAUUCCUCACACGGGCUAGAACACUGUUGUGGACGAUUCCUUUCUUGUUGAGGGGCAGGGAAGAAAAGGAGGAGGAAAGCAUGCCGCCAGCAGCUUCCCUGGUGAGAAGUGGCUCUCGUCCCCGCCAUCUGUCCGGGCUCUACAGGACUGGCUGAGCCUGGCGGGGACAGGCUGGGGUUGGUUAUGCUGUUGCCUCAUGGAGGGCGGCGGGCUCGCCGUGAAACGGGCCAGGCUGGGGCGACAAAGAGGACGAGCUGCUUCGCUGGGCAAGCGGGACCAAGACGGGGCUUCUUCCCAUUCUCCACCGCCUCUCAAGAAACGGAGUUCCGGGGAGGAAGGUCGGGAAGAACCGGACCCUGAGUACAUUGACAGUGAAGAUGACAUGUUUGGGGAACAUGACAGCUUUUGUGGCAACAACUCCUUGUUGGCUGAAGUAGACAAUAUUGAGCAAAGGCACAUGCAUUUUACUGAUGAAGUUUUAAAUUUUUUAAAAAAGCCUGAUGGCAAUACUGCUGCAAAACCUGUAUGUGACCAUGCUCAACUACAGACUAUCAAAAAUGUGGGACAGACACUUUCUAUUGCAAAAACUGUUACUAGCUCUAGAAACAGAACAGAAUGUAAUUUUUUGCAAGCUAUGAAAGAACAGCUGGAUAUGAGUGUAGAGCCUCAAGAUGAUAUUCAAGAAGAUUUGCCAUCAUCACAGCUUUUAUUUUUUGAAGAGUCAGAAAAAUGCUUAGUUGGUCCUCCCAAUGUGGCAAAUGUAAAAGAAAGAACCUAUCACAUGAAUGGUUGCCCUGACAAGACCACAGACCUACCUUAUUGCUGUGAUACAGAAGAUAAUAAAAACAGUGAACUAUCUGCAGGGGCUUUGCCUGAACCAAGUAAGAGAGAGAGUCUCAAAGAUCAUCUCAAAAGUGCUAUGACUAGGAAUGCCAGAGUUCCAACUCCACCAGUGUCUAAAAGACAACAGUUCAAAGAAGUUCUUGUAUCUGAAGAGAUUGAUGUUGUUGAGAAAACUAGUAAUGCUUCAUUUGUUGAUAUUGGUCCUUUUUAUGGCCUGCCCACCAAAGUCAAGGAGCUGUUAAAACAGUUCCGAGGAAUUGAACAUCUUUAUGACUGGCAACAUGCUUGUUUAACAUUAGAAUCGCUACAACAGAGAAAGAACCUAAUAUACUCCUUGCCAACCAGUGGUGGAAAAACACUUGUAGCUGAAAUUUUAAUUCUUCAAGAACUACUCUGCAGGCAAAUGGAUGUUUUAAUGAUUCUGCCUUAUGUGGCCAUAGUCCAGGAGAAGGUUGGAGGUUUGUCAGGUUUUGGAAUGGAAUUAGGUUUUCUGGUUGAAGAAUAUGCAGGAAGCAAAGGAAGAAUUCCUCCAAUCAAAAGAAGGCUAAAGAAAUCCCUGUACAUUGCUACUAUUGAGAGAGGACACAGCCUGGUGAAUUCCUUGAUAGAAACCGGACGAAUCAGUGACCUGGGUCUAGUUGUAGUGGAUGAGUUGCACAUGCUUGGAGAAGGAAGUCGUGGAGUGGUUCUAGAAAUGACACUUGCAAAGGUUUUGUUUGCAAGCAAAACUACGCAAAUCAUUGGAAUGAGUGCAACUUUAAGCAAUGUUGGAGACCUGCAGCAGUUCCUGAAAGCAGAAUACUACACAAGUAAUUUCAGACCAGUAGAGUUAAAAGAAUAUGUUAAAAUACAUGACAGCAUCUAUGAAGUUGAUAGUAAAACAGAAAAUGGCUUUACGUUUUCACGUCUCAUCAAUUUCAAGUAUUCUAGUGGUUUGCAGAAGAUGGACCCUGACCACCUUAUUGCUUUGGUGUCAGAAGUUAUUCCGAACUACUCCUGCCUCGUCUUUUGUCCCACUAAAAAGAACUGUGAAAACGUAGCAGAAAUGAUAUGCAAAUACUUGAAUAGGGACUAUAAAAAGUUCAAGGAGAAAGAAAAACAGGAACUUAUUAAAGAUUUAACAAACAUCUGUAAUGGAAGACUUUGUCCAAUAUUGAAGCGAACUAUUCCACUUGGAAUUGCCUAUCAUCACAGUGGCCUGACUAGUGAUGAGAGAAAACGAAUAGAAGAAGCUUAUUCUUUGGGCACCCUCUGCCUUCUUACCUGCACAUCUACUCUUGCAGCUGGAGUUAAUUUGCCAGCACGAAGGGUUAUUUUAAGAGCUCCAUAUGUUGCUACAGAAUUCAUGAAGAAGAACCAGUAUAAGCAGAUGAUUGGCAGAGCUGGUCGUGCUGGUAUUGACAGUGCUGGUGAAAGCAUUCUUAUAGUGCAAGAGAAAGACAAACAACUGGUUCGAAACUUGGUGCACAGCCCCCUAGAAAGCUGUUACAGCAACCUCCUGCUUGAAUUCAACAAGGGUAUCCGAAGCUUGUUCUUAUCAUUAGUUGGAUUAAAGAUAGCAACAAAUCCUGAAGACAUUUGCCGCUUUAUGUACGGGACUCUGUUUAGUGUCCAGCCACAGCUUCUGCCUAAAGAAAAGAGCCUCUGGGAUGUAACAGUGGAGGUGUUGCAGUGGCUGAAGCAAAACAGACUGCUAAAAGAUGGAGCAAGCUGCAACAGUGAACAAAAUGUUCCGCAUAAUCUAGAGAUAACUCAGCUGGGUCAAGCCACUUACAAAGGUUCUAUCGAUCUGGCAUAUUGUGAUACGCUUUAUGCAGACUUGAAGAAAGGGCUUGAGGGGCUUAUUCUUGAAAGCUGCCUUCACUUACUCUACCUGACCAUGCCAUAUGAUAUGAUUGCUCAGUGUAACCCAGAUUGGAUGAUCUAUUUUAAACAGUACAGUCAGCUAAGUCUAGCAGAACAACAGGUAGCAGCCCUUGUUGGAGUGCCGGAGAGCUUUAUUGCCAGGAAAGCUUCUGGACAAACUAUUAAAAAGAAUGUGGACAAUGCUACUGUCUGUAGGUUAUACUUUUCCUUUGUUCUUCACGCCUUGCUAAAAGAGACCAAUGUAUGGAACGUGGCAGAAAAAUUCAACAUAUCGCGAGGAUUUGUUCAAACUCUUCUUAAUUCAGCUGCUUCGUUCUCCUCCUCAGUUCUACAUUUCUGUCAGGAGCUGGAUGAAUUCUGGGUUUAUAAAGCUCUCUUGACAGAACUUACCAAGAGACUGACAUAUUGUGUUAAGGCAGAGCUUAUCCCGCUUAUGGAGGUGCCAGGAGUUUUAGAGGCUCGAGCCAAACAGCUAUACAGCUCAGGAUACAAAACAUUGGCACACUUGGCUAAUGCAGAUCCAGAAGUGCUCAUGAAGACUGUUGAGCAUCUGUACAGAAGUCAGGCCAGACAAAUAGUUUCAUCUGCAAAGAUGCUUCUGACUGAAAAGGUUGAGGCUUUACAAGAAGAGGCUGAAGAACUUCUGAGAAUACCUACAGUUAUUCCCUGAGGCUUUCUAAUCACUUUUUGUAUGGAUAUAAGACUCAAAAUAUGAUAUUUCUACCUUUGUGGAGGGUGGGGUGUGAGCACUUAACUAAUCUUCUUUUAGCUAUAAAAGACACACGCACACACAGUCUGAAUAUUAUGAAUUUUAGGGUGCUUUAUGGCUAAGUAGCAACUGGUUUGUCAUUAUCCCUUUGCUGAUAGCUUGUGUUUUUCAUUAAAUGAUGUCAUUUUUAAUUAAUCUUAAUCUAUCCUCAUUAAAAAAUACUGUUUUUCAUUGAAAAUCUUUUCUCUUUGGAUCUAUUUGCAAGCAUGACUCUAGAAUGACCUUGUUCAGAAAUUGAGUGUAUGUGUGUCCAUGCAUGCAUACACACACCCUGCAGCUGAGAAGUAGAUCCAGUUGCUUAUUCACAGGGUUGGGAAUUGAAAAGUUAAAGGGAUUUAACUUUUAAAUCCAAACUGGGAGGGGGGGGAAGUCAUUUCUCAGCUGAGAAGUGUUGUCAGAAUGAGUUCUGCAACAUCAGCAGGCGCCUCUGACAGUCAGGAGUGUUGGGAACAUCCUUGCUGUCAUUUCAGAACUCUUUCAGAGUUGUGACAUAUCUAUCAGACCCCCACCCACCACCACCACCUCCUCCUCCUCCUCACCUUUUACUGGCUGGGGACAGGGCUGCAUCACUUCCUCUUCACUCAGAGGAAACACUUUUCCAGCUUGAGGGCUGAGACUUGAUUUUACAACCAAUCUCCUCAUGCUUGAGCUGUUAUACUAGGUGCCUGAGUGACCCAGAUAAUUCCAGAACCAGCUGGGCCAUUCAGGCAUCUAGUAGGACAGCUUUCCUUCUAGGACCCUGACUGGCCCUCGGGGUCCUCCUACUCUGGGCUAAUCUAAUUUGCUGCCCCAUCUAUCCUCCUUUGAAUAGAAUCUCUACACCCUACAAAACCUUGGUAACUUGAAAAAGUGAGUGUGCGGGUGGUAUAGAUAGGCAAAGCAGGAUGAACUAAACCCAAAAGAAAUAACUUAUUUGUAAAGCAUAUAAUAAACCUUAUUGUAUUAUA